ACCAGCCAUCCCUGGAAAGCCUAUUCCCUAGGGGAAUCCAUCUCUAUCUUCUGUAGGAGGGGCUUACGUCCACCGAUCGAUAUGGAGGCGCUGCUAUCAGUUGGAGGAUCCAUCGCCUCCGCCGUGCUGGACAACUUGGUNGGCCAGGUGAGCUCCGAUGCCAUCCAGCAGUUCGGGCGGCACUCGGGACUUCAGGAUGAGCUCAGGAGGCUACAGACUACUCUGCUACGGACACGCUUCAUCCUUACCAGAGCGGAGAAGAGGGGCACCAAAGACGUCUACCUUGCCCAGAUCAUCCCGGAACUCAAAGACGCCGCCUACGAUGCCGAAGUCUUGCUGGAUGAAUUCAAAUACCAAGUCCUGCAGCAAAAGGUUCAUGAAAGCCGAAAGAAUCGGGAAGGUAACGUCCUCUCUUCUUCUCUUGCUCUUGCCAGAACUUUGUUCAAUCGUGAUGGUGAUACUGUGGAUAGAGUGAGCGAGGUUAGGGGGAGGUUAGAUAGCAUUGCUGAUGAUAUGGAAAGAGUCAUUAGACUCCUCGAUUUAGAUGAUGAAGGGGGGAAAUAUGAGAGCUCGGUGAGACGUGAGACGAGCUCAUUCUUAACUGAACCCGAAGUGAUUGGUCGAGAAAAAGAAAAAGAAAGGGUGAUUAAACUGCUGUUGAAGUCGAGUGAUGCAACCGAACUCAGCGAUGAUCUUGUCCGUGUUGGUUCGAAGAGACUAAAGAAAGAUGGUAUUUCUGUUUUGCCAGUGGUCGGUAUGGGAGGGAUCGGAAAAACUACUCUUGCUCAGCUCAUUUACAAUGAUCCGAAGGUGCAUGGUCAUUUUGAUUCCAAGAUUUGGGUUUGCGUGUCUGAUAAUUAUGAUGUGAAAAGGCUAACUAAAGAGAUAAUAAAGUCUGUUAACAGGGAUAUACUGUGUGAUGACCAAAAUUUGAAUUGUCUUCAAGAGAUCCUCAAGGAGAACAUAAUGUCAAAGAGAUUCCUGCUCAUCCUUGAUGACAUUUGGAACGAUGACAGCAACAAAUGGGAUUGCCUCUGUGCGCCAUUAAGGUCCGGGCUGGAGGGAAGUAAGAUCUUGGUAACAACUAGAUCUCACAAGGUUGCAGAGAUGACGGGCACAUUGGAGGCGGUCUUCUUAGAGGGUUUAGCAAAUGAUCCCUGUUGGGAAUUUUUCAGUAGACAUGCAUUUGGUUCUCACAACCCCAAAGAACAUCCUGAGUUGGAAGCUAUUGGCAAGAAGAUCGCUGACAGGCUGAAGGGAUCGCCACUUGCAGCAAAGACGUUAGGAGACCUGUUGAAUUUGGACUUGGAUGAGAGGCACUGAAGAACCAUCAUGAACAGUGAGAUAUGGGAACUA